GUAAUAGAGUCUACAAUUUAUUAUUUGUCAUUCUGCCUUGUUUUAUUGGCUCUUUCGGUAUUUAGCGCAGACCUGCUCAAAACUAAGCAAGUUCAAAGCCCAACUUUGAUCCCUUCAAAGGGGUUGUUUGCGUUGCUGUAUGAUCUCUUCGAUUUCUCUUCAGCUGCCAUUGAGACCCUUUCGUCGGAGCAAGUCCUUCUCCACUCUGAAGAAAACCAUCCAAAUGGCCCGAUCGGCACUGAUUGAGACGACAGAGACGGGUGCUUUUAUCCGAACUCCAUCAAGCUUCCGCAAUUUUAUUUCGAAAGACAAGACAUCCCAGUUUCCUGCAGAAGCUGGAAGAUACCAUCUUUAUAUGUCAUAUGCAUGCCCAUGGGCAUCCAGAUGUCUAUCAGUUAUCAAGCUCAAGGGCCUUGAGAAGGCAAUCACUUACACAUCGGUCAAACCAAAGUUCGAGAGGACCAAAGAGACCGACGACCAUCAUGGUUGGGUUUUUCCAGUUUCUGAGGAUGAAGAACCUGGGGCUGAUCUUGAUCCUUUGAAUGGAGCUAAAAAUAUCAGGGAAUUGUAUGAGCUUGUCAAUGUAAAUUACUCUGGGAGAUACACUGUUCCUGUUCUUUGGGAUACAAAAUUGAAGACAAUUGUGAACAAUGAGAGUGCAGAGAUAAUCCGCAUGUUUAACAGUGAAUUCAAUGAAAUAGCGGAGAAUGCUGAUCUGGAUUUAUACCCCUCUCCCCUUCAGUCAAAGAUUGACAAUGUCAACGAAUGGAUUUAUGACGCGAUAAACAGUGGUGUUUACAAGUGUGGUUUUGCUCAGAAACAAGGGCCUUAUAAUGAGGCAGUAGCUAAGUUAUUUGAAGCUCUGGACAGAUGUGAGGCAAUACUAGCUAAUCAGAGGUAUAUCUGUGGUAACGUACUGACUGAAGCUGAUAUCCGCUUGUUUGUGACGCUCAUAAGGUUUGACGAGGCUUAUGCAGUUCAUUUCAAAUGCAACAAGAAGCUAGUGCGUGAAUAUUCAAAUUUGUUCAAUUACACCAAAGACAUGUACCAAAUCCCGGGUUUGAGCAGCACGGUGAAAAUGGACCACAUCAAGAAGCACUACUAUGGAAGCCAUCCCCAUAUUAAUCCCUACGGGACCAUCCCUGUCGGUUCCAGCGUUGAUUUCUCUUCUCCUCACGAUCGAGAAAGAUUUGGCAGCUAAAGCUUUUAGUUAACCAACGUUUCUGGUUUUUUAUCCCUUUAGUGAAUGUUCGGAUGUUAUCGUAUUUACUUUGAACUUUCAAGUUCUUCAUGUAUCGUAUCCAGAAUUUGUUCUGAAAUUUCGUGUUGAGUUCAAUAGAUCUCUAUGCUUUGAAGGAAAAAAAAACCAACUUAUUUCCUUUCA